AUGCCACCAAACAGAGACCAACACGCAGGCGAUCAUGAUGGAUUGAAUGUCCAGGCCCGAAUCUCAUCAUCACCACGCCUAAAAACAUGUGUUGAUGUUCAUCCUUUUCCACCCUCUUCCUACGAUUUUGUGGGAAAUCAUGUGUAUCCACUUCGGCCCACCAGCAAAUUAGUCUUUCGAGAAAGCACGAAUUUCGUUGAAAGAACUGAUGACUCUUUUUCUAGCCAUGCGUCAGGAAACAUUGUUUGGAACCUUUCAACUCGUAUGAAAGAUGUGAAUCUUCGCUUCCAUGAUUAUCAUAUUUUACUGAUGGAAAAAUCAUUGAACGAGUACGUGAUGCCAGAAUUUCUUCAUGAUCACCCCGAAUGGAAAGAGACAUGCAAAAAUCUGUAUUUCUCUGAGGUUUGGCAUGAGAAAUUCAGAGCUGUAUCGUUUUUUGGGGGUAGUCCUAGUUCAAAAUCUUUUCCCAUCUUCAUCAUUCUGCCGAAAUGUGAAUUAUUUGAAGAGUUCUUACAUCUCUAUCAAUCCUGGAUUCAAACGAAACGAGAUACACAUGGCAACACAUUCAUUGGAGAUUAUUUCUCAUUGGGAUUCAGAAUUCUUUUUAAUUUAAAGCUUCCCAACUCUUCUAAGAAAGAAUCAUUGAUUUCACAACAUCCAAUUUUUGGACAUGCUUGUUUUGUCCUUCAAUAUGGAGAAUAUGUUGAGAAAAUUUCUAAAUCCUAUGAUCACCUAAUAUUUCUUACAAAUCAUGGUCGUGUAAUCAAAGCAAGUACUCAUGAAUUAGUAGUGCUUAGUGAAGGGAAUGACUUUUUCGACCUUCAAGUAGGAGGUUCUUUUGAGCUUUUCCAGAACACCAAAAACCAAGUUUAUGGAUAUCUUGACAAUGAAUAUGUAUGUUCUCAAGUGCCCAUGAAAAAGGGAACAUUUCAAGAAAUAUCACUUUCCAAUCUCAAUGUACAAGUUGAUUUUGUGAGAGCUGGGUGGGAUAAUAUUUUCAUAAUUGCUAACAAUCAAAGAGAACUUUACGGAUACGGUCGAAAUUAUGGAUUUUAUUUCGGAUUUGAUUACAAUUUUAGGGAAGAUAUUGUUUGUGCAAACUUAAUUUCACAACAAGUCAAGUUUGAGAAUGAAAAAAUUGUGGAGCUUUCUGCAGCUGACAACGUUGCAGUCAUUGUAUUAGAUUCUGGUAGACUCCUGAUCAACAAUUUCCUCUCUCGCUUCACUCGCAAUCAAGCGGUUUAUUUUUCAGAUAUUACCAACUCGAAUAUGUCCUAUCGAGAUAAAACGUGGAUAAGAAUUCCAAUGGAUGUGUUUGGGAACAUGUCAACAGAUUCAACUUUCAUGAUUGAGGUUGGUGUUGGACGAGAUUAUUUUGUGACCCUUGCAUAUGACAGCACCUUAUGGUAUUUUAGUAAUUUAUAUGAAAGCCUAUUUUCCAACUCAAAUCCAAUCAAGUUGCAUCUACCUAUUCCAAUUUCUAUGCUGAAAGUUAUUCAAGAGAGACACUGUGACAGGAACACGAAGAAAUCCAAGUUUCCAAAUCCAACAGACUGGUUGAUACAUUUCAAGCCCAAAAUUAUAUGUGGAGAGCAAAGUCCAUUCGUUUGGUAUCAAUGCAGAAGCAACAUUUUGAAUCAGUCCUCUAUUUUACAAGAAGUAAUCGAUUUUCGUAGCCUAUUGUACAAGUCUUGCAUUCUCCAUUGUUUCACUGACAUUGGUUUCAGAAGAAGCACUGAGUGA